GCUCUUGCUCUCUCGGAAAAUCAUACGUAUAAGAAAGCGGUCCGAGGCUCUCCCUCUCGUAAACGAACCGCGCUCUCUUUCUACCUUACCGCCUUUGCAGAACCAAACCCGUCGACCCCGUAUGCCAUGCUUCCAUUUUAAGCCUCCUCCUCUAGACCUGGAUUUCUCUGGCUUUCGCUUAAACCAGCCAUGAAUAUUUUGGCUGCGCUUUAUUUCUAAUCAGUGUUUUCCGCCAUGUUUGAGGGCCUGGUUCGCCAGCUUUUGGCUGGUUAUGGUCUUGGUCGGUACUUCAAGGAUAUACAAAAGGAACUGCAGUUUAAGAUUGAAUUAGGGAAAGGAAAAGCAUCGCUAGACAAUGUGGCCUUGAUUCCCGAAGCAUUUGACUAUCUGCAGCUUCCUUUUUCUAUAAAGGAAGGACGGAUUGGGAACUUGAGCAUUCAAAUACCAUGGAAGAAACUCGGUUGGGACCCUAUCGUGAUUGAGCUAAAAGAUGUAUUUUUAUCUACCUGUCCACGUGAUGAUGCUGAGUAUGCUCAAGAUGCAGUUGAAAAAAGAGAUAUUGCUAGCAAGAGAGCUAAACUUGCUGCAGCGGAGUUGGCAAAGCUAUCGAGACGUGUCUCUAAUAAUCAAGUGGGGCAAUCUUUUCUUUCAUACCUUUCUGCUAAGAUUCUUGAUAAUAUCCAAGUGACCAUCUACAAUUUCCAUGUCAUCUAUGAUAACAAAGAGAAGGAUUUAAUGGCACAUUUCAUUUCUGGCCUAAAGUUUUCAAGACUUGAUAUCAUGACAGAUACUGGAGCUAAGCAGAAUCGAAAUGGGAAUGUUGAUGUGAAGUUUAAAGGCACUCAGGUCAACAAGGUUGUGAAGAUUUUGGAUAUGGGUAUUUAUUGGAACUCAUAUGAAGGGUACCCAGACAGAGAUGUCAUGAAUAUUUCCGAAACAAGUCAAGAUAUUGGAAGAUAUGAUUAUCUCAUAAAACCAUUUAAUGUAACCAUCUGGCUUGUGGUAGACAAGUCUGGGAAAUUUGAGGAGGGCACCCCAACUUAUACCGUAAAGUCAGAGCUAACUCGCUUGGUGUUAACUUUGAAUGAAAUUCAGCUACAACAAAUCUUAUUUUUCGGGGAUGAGUUCUCUAUUCAUUCAUUGCGGGAGAAGUAUGGGCGACAUCGACCUUGGGGCUGUCCUUUAUCAGAAAAGCAGGAUGGCUGGCAAAGGCUGUGGUGGUGGUAUGCACAAGAAUCUGUUUUAUUAGAUGUUCGUCGUAAAUUACGGAAGAAUUCUUGGAGCCAUCUUGGAGAGCGAAUAACCCGGCGGCGAGAAUAUGUCAAGUUGUACAAGACAAAGCUCGUCUCUCUCCUGCAUAAACAGGCUGUUGAUGACAGUAUCCUACAAGAGCUGGAGCGUAUGGAGAAGGCUUUUGAUAUUGAUGAGAUUUUGACCUACAGGUCUAUUGCUGAAAGCCAGUUGCAGGAAUUUCUAUUAAGCUCUACAAAUCCCAGUGUAGAAUCAACUGGCACUGGUGAGGCAAAGCAACACAGUGAUGAACGGCCAUCAAGCCAGCCUCGUGGUUGGUUGAACUGGUUAUCUUUAGGCAUGCUUGGGGCUGGGGACCCUGCUGAUUCCGGUCAAUUUUCUGGUGUUGUCUCUGAUGAGACAAUCAAGGAUAUUUACGAGGUGACAAAGUUUCAUCCAGUGCCUUCAUUCGAUGGGGAUGUCUCUCUGCAGGAUAAGUUCUAUUUAGCAUCCAUUGCAAUCAAUAUUGAACAAAUUUCUUUAACACUUUGGAGCAAGGAAGCUAACAACGACUCUUUGCGCAUGAUGGCCUAUGGAGUUAUUCUUGAGUGCAAAAUUUGGAGCAAGUCUGCAUCAGUUUCUUCUUUGAUUAAUCAACUACAAAUUGUUGAUCCUGCCACCACAAAUAUCUGGCUUGCUAGUUUGAACAGCAAGAAUCUGAAGCAAGGGCAACCUUUUAUUUCUGUACAAGUUGAAUUGUUACCUCAAAAAUGCCCUCAUGAUAUUUCAGUGAAGGUUGUAUUGCAACCAUUUGAGGCAUUUUGUGAUUCAAAACUCUUGCUGAGUCUCUUAUAUUUUCAUAGUAUUUUGGGGAGCUUUCAAUCUCAUGAUCAUAUGGUCCUUUCAUCACUUGAUGGAUUUGAAAAUGUUAAAGUCCGUUUACUGACCAAGGCUGAGUAUGUGCUAUUGAAUCGUGCCAAAGUGGCUUGGGAUGUUAAGCUGGGCAAUGCAACAGUUGCGAUCCCUUGCAGUUGCUGCGCUAUCAACACACAUAAAAUGAUAUUGAGUUUUGUGGGUUUGCAUUUGCAAUCAAUUCCUGUGGAGGAAGGCGAUGAACUUACACAAAAGGGGGAUCAAAACUAUGACUAUACACGCCUCCAUUUCCAUCAAUUUUUUAAUCAAGAAGAUAUCUCAACUAUUCUCUACGAUUUCUAUGAUCGCUUUCAGAUUAGAAUUACAGAUUUUGAGGGGACCGUUGUAGGAAGUGAUUCUUCUCAAGAAGUUACAAUUGUUGAUCGAUUUAAUGCUUUGAUAACUGUUGGAUCAUGUAUAUUUGGGGAUGAAUCUGCAUUGAAACAGUUAGAGGUUUGCAGCAUUGUGCAAUCCCUGGGUUUGCACUUUUCCUCAAUUGUAAAUGAGGCACUAAUUGGUUUGGUGAAUGGUUUUACACUGCAAAAAUCAGAUGGAGGGGACAUGGAGAGAUAUGAAUCAGCUUCUGGACAGACUUGUGAUGCUAGCUGGAUUUCAGGACGUGAACCACAUGCUUCCAGUAAGGUUUUCCAAUAUUCUGCUACAGUACAGUUCAAUCUUGUUACUCUGCAUGUUAACCUUGAAGAUGAGGAUGCAGAAAACAAUUUGAUCAUGGCUUGCAGUUUGGAAGACUUAGAUUUUCAGUGUUCACUUGAGGAAUUUGUUGAAGAGUACAGGAUUUCUAUAAGGAUGCUAAGUGCUAAAGUAAUUAAUACAAAAGGGGAAUCUGUCAAUUCUAUAAUAUGCACAAACAAGAUCAAUUCUGCUUCAUUUGUUGAACUGCAGGGUGCAGAGGAAGUUGAUUGUGGUUUUGUGAAGGAAAGAAACAGUGAAGCACUACUAUGUGCUCCGGCUGAGGCAUGUUUUGUUUUACAAUAUCAAGCAGGAAGUAAUGUGAACAAUUUCGUCCACAAAAUUACAUUGGGAAUAAAUGAUAUUGAUUUUCAUUGCCAUCCUAGAAUUGUCGCAUUGCUGCUCAUGAAUUAUGAGAGAUUGUGCCAUCAGUGUAUCCCAUCUUCUUCUUGCGACUCUGUUGCAACCUGCUUGGUGGAGGAAAAGGAAAUUUUACAUCCUAGAUCUAUGUCUGGAAUUGCUCAUAAGAAAUUUGGCUUUUCAAAUUUUUGCAUAACAGAUUCUCACGAAUCAGCGCCUAUACCUUUGGAUCAGUUUCCAUUUGUUACAAUUCACAACUCUGGUUCUCUUGACAGCUUAGAGGAGUCGCUUAUUUUUGGGGUCUCUGAGUGGAGAAAGUUAUUUCCUGUUAAGAAUAGGCAAUCCACUUCUGCUAGACAUGAGAAAUUAGCUACAUGGAGGACAUCAUGGUUGGUAAACAAUUCAAGGAUGAGAAGAAGGUGCAGUGUUGUUUCCAAUGGGAACUCAGGCAGUUUCAAUGAAUUUGUUCAAUUUGUUGUUGAUUUGGAUCUAUAUGGUGUCAAACUCCAUUUUCAUGAUUUAUCCUGCAUUAUGGCAUCCCUUGGUAUACCUGCUUUGAGAUCAUCUCUUUAUAUUCGUCAAGUUGACUGUUGGGAUAUAAUAAGCUCAUUUAAUGGUUUGAAUCUUACUUCUUCGUGGUUUAUGCCCGAUAAAUGUGAAUUGCUUUGGGGGCCUUCAUUACCAUAUAUCGCUCCUGUACUGAAUGUUCGUAUACGAAAGGGAAUGCAUUCAAUGGCAUCUUCUCAAAUAGAAAUAAGUUUAGGGAUUCAGCAUAUAAACUGUACAUUGCCAUCGGAUUUUCUGGCUGUUGUUAUUGGUUACUUCUCAUCAUCUGAUUGGAAGCCCAGUAUGAAGAAGCAGUUUCCUAACAUGGAAGAUGAUAAGACUACUAACUUUGGAAAAGAAUCAUGUUGUUUUUUGUAUAAGUUCGAAGUUCUUGAUUCGUCACUGAGCUUGCCAUUGGGGAGCAACAGCCAUCAGUUUAUUGAAAUUGGAAUUCAACAGCUUUAUUGUAGUUUUGUUCCAAAGGGGCUUGCAUUAGAAGCACUUAAGAGAGUUCCCUCUGAAUGUGCCAUUUCAAUAAAUGAAGCUUCCGAGGUUGCUCAUCUUCUCAACAUUUUUGGAAGAGGUGUAUCUGUUUCAUUUAGUUUGUUAAAUGGCAUUGGACAACACUCACAGCGACUUGAUCAAGAUCAAGAUAUUAAAAUUAUGCCGCUUGUUGAAGCACUUCAUGCCGAUAUGUGGAUUAGAAUACCAUGCGAAAGUGAGUGUUUUGGCGAAUUAUCUACUGUUCCUACAUGCAUUAUGGUGAUGGUGGAAACGUGUCAGUUGAUUGCUACAGAGGAAUACUUCUUAUGUGGCCUUGAAGCUGCUAUGGCUGUGAUAGAUGAGAUGUCAUCUGUUGGUAUGCUUUCUAAAUUAUUUACAUCAGAUGUCCUGCGGUUCAUGCAGUUGAAGAACGUUAGGCAUACCAAUGCAACGGUGCAAGAUGGUUCAUCUGUGGGCUAUACGAAAGUUAGAAUUUGCAUGAACACAAUGUCUGUGAGGCUACAACAGUUGAAGGAUAAGCAUCUUCUCUAUUCCAAAGUCGUUGCUCAAGCAGAAACACGCCUAACAGUUUCUGCCAUGUUCAGAAAUGGUAUACCCAUUGGCUUAGAUAUGAAAUUUAUCAACUUGGUCCUUUAUUCAAUGUGCAGCAAUGAUGUAUUGUUUAGUUUCGCAUCUGUGGAUUCAGUGAGUGCUAGUCCUGAAAUCCACUUCUCCAAAUCAGAUAAAGAUGAAGAUGAGUUAUUCAUUGUGAUCCCCUCUGUUGAUGUUUGGCUGCUUUUAGAAGCAUGGGACGAGGUUUUUGAAUUUAUUAGCUCUUGUACAAGGUUAAAUAGGCCAUCAGAAACAAUUAUGUCAUCUGAAAGUCUGAAUAUAGAACCUCUGGAUGAAAGAAAGUGCUCAGGCAUGAGUCAGUCACAAACAAAGGGAGUAGGAUCUGAUAAUCAGCCACGGUUAAGUGUUCAUUCUGCUGAAGACGGUAUGCAUCCAUCUGGUGCGUUUACUGUGAACGUGGAAAAUAAUUGCAUCUUCUUGCAUUUCCCAAUCCAUGCUAUGAAUGAUCCUGUCGAUUCACAUAGAUGUGCCAAAAAUGAACACGAUAUGCACCAGGGCUUUACUUACGUAGUUUCGGAGAGAAAACAAGGCUUCAUUUCAUGUGGACCAGGACUUUGUAAAUCUAUGACAUUAUCUCUUUACNGCUGUCAUAGUGAAAUUGUACUUAGUGGUAAUCAUAUGAAACUUAAACUUAAGUGUGAGAAGGCAGAAGGGAAUCUUGAGAUGAUAGGUGCCGAGUCAAUUCACUCUUUACCAUUCUCCCGUCUUUUUAAUGUAAAUUUGACUAUGGAAAUUUCCAAAACGCUGCAAGAUUUAAUGCAAGUCUUCACUGUGAUCCAAACUGAUACGUUGGACUUGUGGAUUUCAUAUCAAAUACUCAACUUCUUUCAUGGCAUUGGGCUUAGAUUACCCAGCAAGUCCUCCUUUCAAGCUCCACAAUUUACUAUGGCCAUCAAAGUUAUUUUAAGAAAGGGUUCUUUCCUGCUAAGUGAUGGGAGGUGGAACUGUAAUCUACCCAUCAUGGAAAUCUUCUUGAAGAAUAUACUUGUGGACAGUAAUCAAAUAGAGGAUAGGGUGGAGACAUUACUCACUGGAGACCUUCAAGUGAACUACAACAACAUUCAGAAGGUCAUGUGGGAGCCUUUCCUAGAGCCUUGGAGUCUAAACUUAAAGUUGAUUAAGGCUUGUGAACAGAGUGCCCUUUUAAACAGAGAUGUUGGAACGGACAUACAUUUAUUGUCAUCUACAAAGCUUAAUGUGAAUAUAACUGAAGCACUGCUUGAGGCUUGUUUGAGGGGAAGUGAGAUAAUUAAAGACGCUUUCUGCCUACUCAGAGAAAAUGGGAAAUCUGAAAGUAGUGAGAUAGACAACAGCAGGACCACAGUGUCUAUAAAUGGAGAUCGCUACGCGCCUUAUAUUCUUCAGAAUGACACAUCUUUGCCCUUGUCAUUUUGGGUAUUGGGUCUUGCCAAUGCCGAGGAUGUUAGCAUUUCUGACACAAGAGUAAAUAUUGUUGAGCCAGGCUCUUCAGUUCCAUUGUAUAUUGAUGAAACUCCAGAAGAUCAAUUUUUCCGCCACAAGCCAAGCCAUUCCUCUGAAAAGCUUAAUGGGAAUAAAUUAGACGGAGUGCAGCAUCAUAUGAUCUGUGUCCAACUUGAGGGAACUUCUCGAGCAUCUAUACCUAUGUCAAUGGACCUUGUAGGUCUUCGCUAUUUCGAGGUAGAUUUCUCGAAAUUCCCUGAUAUCACAGAUACAGAUAAGAAUGGGGACCCUUACAUGUACAGUAAGCAAACCGAAGACAAUAUUAAAGCAGAUUCUGGUGUUGCUUUUGUUGUACCUGUUGUAUUUGAAGUCUCCAUUCAACGUUACAGCAAGUUAAUAAGACUGUAUUCAACUGUUGUUCUUUUAAAUGCAACUUCUGUGCCAUUAGAACUUCGUUUUGACAUACCAUUUGGAAUAUCCCCUAAGGUAUUAGAUCCAAUUUUACCUGGCCAGGAGUUGCCACUUCCUGUGCAUUUGGCUGAAGCUGGUCGCAUGAGAUGGCGUCCACUUGAUAGUAAUUACCUCUGGAGUGAAGCGCAUCCUCUUGCAAAUAUCCUUUCACAAGAGAGCAGACUUGGAUUUCUGAGAUCCUUCGUUUGUUAUCCUUCUCAUCCUAGCAAUGAUCCAUUUCGCUGUUCCAUCUCAGUUCAAGAUAUACCCCUCACUCUUUACAACGGUACAAAGCGGAGUUCAAUCCCCCGUCGUAGUCAAAAAAAUUUCAAAUGUUUGAAUGAAAGGUCGGAUCAAAGGAUUCAUAGUGCUAACGAGUCAAAGAAGCGAUUUAUUCGUCAAGUGAGGCUGACUACACCUUUAAUUCUCGAAAACUGUCUUCCAAUGCCAUUACAUGCAACAAUAGAAAGCAGUGGUGGAGUUGUCUCAUCUGUGCAUAUUUUAGAGGUGGACACUGCAUCUUUGUUCCAUAUCGAUUCCACGCAUGACUUGGGGAUUACCUUCCAUCUAUCUGGAUUUGGGCCAUCCCUUUCAAAGUUCCUUCGAGCAGAAACUUUUACGGCCAUGGGCAAAACAAAUGCUUCCAAAUUCCCAGCAUAUGAAACAUUACGUUUUCACCCAGAUGAGACAAAUGGAGAUCCCCCGAUAUGCUUGAUAUUGGAAAAAACAAUGGAUGCAUUUUCCGGUGCUCGCAGAAUUAGCAUCUCGGUUCCAUUUUGGCUCUACAACUGCACUGGUUUGAAUCUUACUCUUGCUGAUGGUGACAAUGAAAACAAGGGGCAUGAGUACUUUAUACCUUCAAGUUAUUCCCUAGUCAGUGAUGAACAAUUUCUGGCUGGAAAAGUUGGUUUGUCAAUUGUUUCUGCAGAGGUGUCAGCUGCAUCCCAGCGCACUGGCAACUUUAGAAAUAUAUACCCAAAAAAAUCCAGUAUGCCUUGUAAAGCAAGAUACCUUGUCCAUUUGGCGCAUGGUUGUGGACAUCUUGGCAUGCAUGAUACAGUUUCUCAGCAAGCUUCUUUUCCUAACAUCCAGAACAAGCAGAGAAAUCCAGCUCGGAGGUCGGAGAAUAAUUUCAUUGUAGAUGAUGAUAGCCGCAAGCUUAGGGCGUGCAUGUAUUCUCCUGUAGGGGGCUUUCCUUCUAGUGAAUUAAUGGUUAGACUGAGUGCUUGUGUGCCAGAUUGCUUUAACUCAAGUUCACGAAAUAUUUUGUGGUCCAAUCCAUUUUCCCUUGUUCCUGCAAAUGGGUCAAAUAGUCUGGUUAUUCCUCAACCAGGUAAAAGUGGAGCUUUUAUUCUGUCUGUAGCAUCCAUGCCUUUUUCUGGAGUACUUAAUGGGAGAACUAGAGCUAUCAUUUUUCAACCCAGAUAUGUCAUUAGUAAUGCAUGCCGCAGGGAUCUAUGUUUCAAGCAGAAGGGAAGUGAUUUGUAUUCUCGCUUGGGAGUCGGAGAACAUUGUCAACUUCACUGGACUGAUACCUCAAGGGAGCUCCUUGUCUCGGUGCGAUUUGAUGAACCGGGAUGGCAAUGGUCUGGGAGCUUCCUUCCUGAUCGUUUGGGAGACAUUCAGGUCAAAAUGCAUAAUUAUGUUACUGGCGCCUUAAACAUGGUCCGUGUUGAAGUGCAGAAUACUGAUUUUUCUAUUCAAGAUAAAAGACUUUUCUACAGUUCCAAUGGGAAUUCUGGAACAUAUUUGAUUCUUCUAUCUGAUGAUGACACUGGGUUUAUGCCAUACAGAAUUGACAAUUUUUCUAUGACACGGUUACGCAUAUACCAGCAAAAUUGUGAAAUAUUUGAGAGAACUGUGCAUUCUUAUUCGUCUUGCCCAUACGCUUGGGAUGAACCUUGCUACCCACACCGUCUCGUUGUUGAGGUUCCUGGGGAGUGUGUUUUGGGGUCAUACAUACUUGAUGAUGUGAGGGAAUUCGUACCUGCAUUUUUACCAUCCACAUAUGAGAAACCUGAAAGGAGAUUCUUUCUCUCUGUCCAUGCUGAAGGAGCAGUCAAGGUUUUCAGCAUUAUCAAUUCAAAUCUUCACUUUAUGGAAGAUGUGAGGGAAAGCGGAUUUUAUGGCCUUCGAGAAAGGAGGAAAAUUAGCCCAAAGCAAGAAAACGCUGUUUAUUUCAACGAGAAGAUAUCUAUUCGUUUGCCUUUCAUUGGUAUUUCUGUUAUAGAUUCUGCUCCACAGGAAUUACUUUUUGCUUGUGCAAAGGACAUCAAGAUUGACAUACUGCAGAGUUUGGAUCGUCAAGAGCUUUCGUUUCAAAUAUCAUUACUGCAAAUUGAUAACCAACUGCGCAAUACCCCAUAUCCUGUUAUUUUGUCUUUUGACCAUGAUUUGCGAGGAAUGUUGGCCUUGCAAGUGAAAAAUAAAAAAAAUUGUAAUGGAAAUGAGAGAACACCCUCUGGUGCUUUUGAUAGUUCUCCAGAAGCUGUGUUUGAUCUGGCUGUUGCAAAGUGGAGGAACAAGGACUUGUCAUUGGUCUCCUUUGAAUACAUAAAUUUAAGAUUAGCACCGAUGCAUGUUGAGCUUGAAGAACAAGUGCUUUUUAACUUGUUAGACCUUUUCAGAGCUAUGACUCUCAGGAUUCAGUCCAGAAGCUUUCAAGAACCAAAAUUUGAACUGCUGACAAUGGGCAAUGGGACAAACAAUAGCAAAAAAAAAUUUGCACAUUUCCAAAAUUACGAGUUUGUGAAGAAUCAAAAGUCAGGCCAUCUCCAUUUCUUGAAGAUACAUAAAUUUAUGGAGUGUCGCACUAUCAAGUCAUCACUUGCUCCUGUAGUUCCCAUAGGAGCUCCUGGACAGCAGAUUUUCCUCCUAGCCAGAAGGCAGAAAAAGCUGUAUAUUGAACUAUUUCAUGUAGCUCCUAUUAUGUUGACCGUGAGCUUUUCUAGCACUCCAUGGAUUGCAAAAGAUGAGAGUCAUGUCUCUGCAGAGUCAAUGAUUAAUGCUGGUGGCAGUGUUUUUCAGAGGUGGUUAAUGGCUCUUGUGGAUGUCGAUGGCGCGCCAGUUUAUUUGAAACAAAUUACUAUGGCACACCAUUUGGCUAGCAUGGAAUCCAUGCAAGAGAUCCUCAUUAGGCAUUAUACUCGACAGCUCCUCCAAGAAAUGUACAAGGUAUUUGGUUCUGCUGGUGUGAUAGGAAAUCCUAUAGGCUUUAUAAGAAAUGUCGGGCUCGGCAUCAAAGAUUUUGUUUUAGUACCUGCUAGAGGUGUUCUUCAGAGCCCUACUGAAUUAGUUGUGGGAAUGGUACAUGGAACUAAAAGUCUUUUUAUCAACACCGUCUAUGCAAUGAGCAAUGCUGCAACACUGUUCAGUAAAGCUGCUCGUAUGGGGGUUGUUGCUUUUGCAUUUGAUGAACAAGCUGUUGCAGAAAUGGAAAAGCGACGUAAACAUCAAGGUUCACACAGCAAAGGAGUCUUAAAUGAAUUUUUGGAGGGUCUUACUGGUCUCCUUCAGUCUCCAAUUCGAGGUGCAGAAAAGCAUGGGCUACCAGGAAUCCUCUCAGGGGUUGCUGCCGGGACAGCUGGGUUUGUGGCAAGGCCUGUGGUUAGCAUCCUCGAGGUUGCUGGGAGGACUGCGCAGAGCAUCAGGAACCGCACCCAGCCCCAGAAACUGAGCCGUUUCCGGGUCCGCUUCCCCCGCCCCUUGGCUUUUGACCUCCCUCUCCUCCCUUACUCAUGGGAAGAAGCCGUAGGCAUAUCAAUGCUCCUCGAGGCCGAUGAGUCUAGGCUAAGAAACGAGACCUUUGUCACUUGCAAAGCAUUAAAGCAAGCUGGUGGUUUUGUGGUAGUCACAGAGAGGGUUCUACUCACCGUGAAAUGUGCAACCCUUGCAGCUAUGGAAUUGGGGGAUCAUCAUGUUGGGGUUCAUGAUGCAGAAUGGACCAUAAAUUUGGAGAUGGCACUUGAGAGGGUGAUACAUAUUGAUGUUCAAGGGGAGGUUCUCAAUGUGCUAGCGUAUAAGCAAGAGUGGGUGAUGGGGAAACGGAGGGGCUCGAGGAUUGGGCAGUGGAGUCCACUUGGUAUGCCCCUUGUGCACGAGAGUGUGGAGUUGUCUGAGGAAGUGGCAGCUCUCGAGGUUUUGCACGUGUUGUGGUCGAUGAUAGAGCGGGGGAAGCACAGAGCGUGGGGGGCAUGUGUUGUGCAGCAAAACAUGAUGAGGUGAAAGAACUCGGUGUUUCACACAUACACUAACAGUGGCAUUCACUGCUUAAGUAGUUCAAGACACUGUAAAAUGGAUUGAAACGAGAUUAUUCCAAGAAUAGAACAUCAUCUUCCAAAUGCCCUCACAAGAGAAAUGCAGAUGACAAGAACAAUUGACAAGGAUGAGCGGCUAAACCUGGCCUCUAGAAACCCCCAAAAAAAGACAGAAAUUAUGUCAAAAGAUAAGGAGUUUUUGCUCUCUCUUGAACAUGAGAAUAUUGAUUUAGCAGUAGGUUCAUAUCCUAACAUAAAUUGUUUCCUUACUUUUGCUUAAAGAAUUCGUAUAGUCAUAAACAAUUUCAGAUGAACAUCCUUGGACCUGAAAUAAUUGCCAGGCAUAUUCAAAAGGAAGUUUUGGAUGAUUUCAUAAUUUUUAAUUAUAUCCUAACAACAUUGUCAGGUAUUUCAUGACAAAGUUAUUAAGUUAUACAAAUUGGGAAAAGGUUUGAUGCAAA